AUGGGUUCGAAGGUCAGAUUGUCCCAAUUCAAUGGAAAUGGGGAUUACUCUAUAUGGAAGCAGAAAAUGGGAGCCAUCUUGGUCCACCAUAGGGUUGCAAAGGCUCUCCAUGAUCCUAAAACUUUUUCUGCUGAGUUAAAAGGAAAACCUGCUAAAAUUGAAGAAAUGAAUGAAAUUACCUAUAGCUCUAUAAUUUUGCAUUUAUCUGAUAAUGUGAUAUAUUUGUUAGAAAAACUAUUCAGUUUCAAAAAGGACCCAGAAAAGGAUUUGGAAGUCAAUUUAAGUGACUUCAGCAUAAUUGUUAAAAGUCUUGCACAAAAUAAUAAAAAAUUUGAAGAUGAGGACUUGGCUGUUAUAAUAUUGAAUUCACUGCUUGAAUCUUAUAAAGAUGUUAAGAAUGUCAUAAAAUAUGCUAGGGACACACUUACACAAGUAAUUGUGAUAGAUGCCUUAAGGUCAAGAGAGUUAGAUGUGAGUAGAGAAAAUAGAACCAACUCAAGAGAAGGAAGCUUAUUUGUAAGGGAAUAA